AUGCUCUGCUCUCGUAGCUGCGGAGACACCGCAGCACAGCAGCUACAGCAGCACUCACAACAACAGCAGCAGCAGCAACAGCAACAGCAGCGACAGCAGCAAGGGCAGCAGCAGCAGCAGCAGCAGAGGGUGUGGCUCGGGUACCUCACAAUGGGAGGGGCUCUCUCCUCUUGGUUCCCUCGCCUCUUUGGGGGGCGCGAAGUCCGCGUGUUGAUUCUCGGCCUUGACAACGCUGGCAAGACCACGAUCCUCUCAGCAGCAGCAAAGGCAAGCAGCACACAGCGCAGCAUCAACACAGAAGCGGCUGCAGCAAUACCAGAGACACCACCAGCAGAAGCAGCAGAAGCAGCAGAAGCAGCAGAAGCAGAAGCAGCAGAGACGGAACCAGCAACAGCAGCAGCAGCAGCAGCAGCACAAGUAACAACGGCGUUGCUGCAGCUAUUUGUUUGUGCGCAGAUCGCCUACACCUUAACGAAGUCAUACAAACCGUACCCACAAUCGGAUUCAACGUGGAGACCGUCAAAUAUAAAAACAUCGAAUUUCAGGCCUUAUUGGCGGUGUUAUUACCUCAACACUCAAGCCCUCAUCUACGUCGUUGAUAGUGCAGAUGUGGAGCGGCUUCCGGAUGCAAGGCAGGAGCUGUUGCUCAUGCUAGAGGUAGCUGCAGCAACAGCAGCAGCAGCAGCAACAGCAGCAGCGCGAACGCAUGCAGCAGUUGCCGCUGCAGCAGUAGCAGCAACUGCUGCGGGGUGCAACUGCUGCAUGCGCUGGCGCUAA